AGGAGCGCACCUAUUGCUGAUGUUGGACUGGUGGGGAAGUGGGUAGAGGCAUGGAGAGAGACAGGUUUUUUGGCUUGAAAGCAGUUGAUCCAAGCUCGUGAAUGGAAUAACCUUCGUUAUGAGAAACCUCGUCCCUGGCUUAAGGCUUACUGAUAUGCUACGUCUCGUCAGCUGAUCCCAGAUAGAGAUAUUGCAUAUGUGCUUAUAUAUGUAUGGUCCUAGACUCGUGACCAGUCCGUCUAGCCUUUGGGGCUAUUAGAAGUUCCUAUUCGGGAUAGUGAGAGAGGCUGUUUGACCAUGACCAGACCUGUCAGACAAUCCGUAAGUACUGAUCGAUCCAGGUGCUGAUGAAGGACCGUUGUGUAUAUGUUGCAGUGCACGGAGGGGCAGGAUAUCAUGGAGUUGUGUCAGAACAAAGUGUUAAAAGUGCUUUGAAACGGGCUUGUACUCAGGCUUUGCGGGGAUCACCACUAGAUGACUCCUCUGCCCUUUCGGUUGUAGAGCGAGCCAUAGCUGUUCUUGAGGAUGAUGAAUACCUCAACGCAGGUUAUGGUUCCAAUCUGACCAUCGACGGCACUGUAGAAUGUGAUGCGGCUGUCAUGGACGGUUUGACAGGGGAUUUUGGCAGCGUUGGUGCUGUUCCAGGACUAAAAAAUCCAAUAAAACUGGCUUCGGCAUUGUUGAGGCAUUCCAGAGAAUCCGACCCUCUCGGGCGCAUACGCCCCAUGACUCUUGUCGCAUCCGGAGCGCACUCGUUUGCAUUAUCACGAGGUAUCCAGACCGUUGCUCCAAACGAGAUGAUAUCACCGCGAGCGACUCACGAGUGGAAGAAGUGGAAAUCGCGACUGGAUCACCCCAUUGAUGGGGAUCCAGGGAGCUUGCCUCAAGAUGCCAUGCAGGACACGGUUGGCGCGGUGGCCUGGGAUAAUGAAGGCAAUCUCGCUGCUGGCGUUUCAAGCGGUGGGCUGCUUUUAAAAUAUUCUGGUCGUAUUGGUGAAGCAGCUACCUUUGGAGCCGGGUGCUGGGCGCAGCAGUCGCGCAGUGGAUGUUAUGGGAUGGCAUGUAGCAUUUCUGGAGCAGGGGAGCACAUCAUGCGAGGCGGACUGGCCCGUGCGCUGGGCGAAGCCUUACAGUCCCGGCAAUCAGAUGAUAGCGAGCUUGACGCACAUCACGUAUUGCUUCGAAUAUUGAAUCAGCAAUUUACUGAACCAUUAUAUCAACGAGGGGAGCGGAUGCCAAAUGCAGGAGUUUUGCUGUUGACGAAAGAACAAGGCGAAGAUGACGAAGCAGUGGGCAAGUUAUGGUGCGCGUUCACUACAGAAAGCAUGGCGGUCGCAUACGCAAGCACCACCAAACGCUCACCCAAGGCAUCCAUUUUGCGUCGUCCGGCAUCGACUGGCUCUGCUAUAGAUGCAGACAAGUCGUCAGUGUUUAUAACUGCGCUACCCAUU